GUUCUAGACGGCGCUGUGUUUUUGGGUCGUGACGCACCGCGUUAGAGGGCGAGGGACAGACUCAUAUAGAAGUUGGGUGUCGGUUUCACGCUGAAGUAAUGAAUCCCGGCGUGCCAGCGGGAAACGGGCGAUUCUGACGGAAUUCCGUACUCUAGCGGACGUUAAAAGAGCGUCAGUUCCUGUGAUCCGCGUCUUGGGAGUCGGGACCGAUUAACGUUAGCGCCUCUCCGAGAUACCCCAGCUCUGUUUACAAAAGCACGGCUCCUCCUGGCUGGAUACACUUCUAAAAAAGGUGGACUAAAUUGAAGGCCGCGAUGGUGGAUUACUAUGAUGUUCUGGCAGUGUCACGAAAUGCUUCUCCAGAUGACAUCAAGAAAGCUUACAGGAAACUGGCUCUACGGUGGCACCCUGACAAAAACCCAGACAACAAGGAAGAGGCGGAGAAAAAAUUUAAGGAGAUAGCAGAGGCCUAUGAAGUUCUUUCAGACAAAAGCAAACGAGAUGCUUACGACAGAUACGGUAGAUCAGACAUGCCAAGCUCGGGCUCUAGUGGUUCUUCAUUUCCUGAUGACUUCCCAGGAUUCAGCUUCACAUUCCGCAGCCCAGACGAGGUGUUUCGAGAGUUCUUCGGAGGGCAGGACCCAUUCGCAGACUUCUUUGAUGAUUUCUCAUUUGGUGGAAUGCACAGUGGGUUUCACAGCUCCUCCUCCAGGCUUGGGCCCAGUCGCUUCUUCUCCUUCCCCUCAGCAAAUGCUGAUUUCACCUCCUUCUCUUCUUCGAUGGAUGGGAUGGGCAGCCUGGGAGGAGCAAACUUCAAGUCUGUUUCUACUUCCACCCGCAUUGUCAAUGGAAAACGUAUUACCACAAAAAAGGUCAGAGAAAAUGGCCAGGAGAGAACAGAGGUUGAGGAGGAUGGGGUUUUGAAAACGGUCCUCAUCAAUGGUGUGGAGGAUGAGAUGGCCUUAGCUCUGGAACUGAGUCGUAGAGAGCAGUCCAGUCAGCCUCCCAGACAAUCCCAGCCUCCACUGCUCCACCCCUCAAACACCAGCUCUUCAAACCCCGCCCUACGCUCCUACAGCGCCGCCCCGUUCUACCACUGCCCCGAUACCGGUGAAGAUGAGGAGGAUGAAGACCUGCAGAUGGCGCUGGCCUACAGCUUGUCGGAGAUGGAGGCCCAGCAGCGGGCAGAGGACGUGAUCUCAGAGUCCGACUUCCAGGCCUUCACAGGCUGACCCGUGGCUGUGACCCCCUCUAACCCCCCCGAGGUGAAGCAUUUCCCAGUGCUCUGCUCUCUCUUUCUGCUUCUCUGUCUCUCUCUGCCUGGCACACCUGCUGCUCAGAGCCUUUUCAAAGUUUUAUUUGAAAAAAAAAAAACCAGGCAACACUACAUAAAGGUCAAACUUGUACGUGCUAUGCAUGUAUGUGUGUUUGUGUAUGAAUGUGUUCUCAGUCUUGAAGAGGGAAUACUGGAUUGCUUUCAUAUUUAUAAAUUCAAUUUAUGGCCUGCACUGAUCAAAUAUAUGAGCUAAUGUUAAAGAUCAAGUUUCUUAAAGACAAAAUUCUUCAUUAACAUUUUUAAUAAUGAAUGAUUCAAACCUGUGAUAAAUGUAUAGUUGCACUUGACAUGCAGUAUUUGAGAAUUUAAAGCCUUCAUAACUUAUGAUAAAGGUUUAUUAUUUAUUCAGAA